AACUUCCUCAACUCCAACACUCAAGACCAGACCUUCACUCACCCAGUGUCAUAGAUAGGUAGUCUUAUGUUUACGACCCAGUUUAUUUCUCAAAUUUUCUAAUUGAGCUUUCUACCCUUCUCAAAUUCGAAGCCAUGUCGCUGCCCCCGGAUCUGCGCGUCCUCUGUCGCCGCUUGACAUCGACUCCUCCCAGCCAGCUCCCUCACUCCCUUCCAGCCUCUAUCAACCAGGUCCUGCGAUGCAAAGACAUCCUGUCCAUUCAGCAUGACCCCAAGGCCAAAGAUGGCUCUUCUGAAGCUUCCAUGCUCGUGCAUAAGCUGAAAACGAUCAUCACGACCCUGCUGAAUGGAAAGACCGCUGCUGGGCGCUUCACAGGGGCGGCCUUGGCCAAGGCUGUAGUGGACGUCGGCGGAUGGGAAUGUUUGCGCGAGUCGGGUCCAUGGGUUCGCGGCAUGUUGAACAUACUUCAGAAAAAUGAUCCUCUCCCGGCCAAGGAACUCUCAGUCGUGGGCCUGGUCAGGAUAUACACCCUCGUCCACGACUAUCAGACCCUCACUCGCGAGAUCGCCACUCCCACCAUGGCUACUUUCUUCAAUGCCUGUCUGCAACUCAUCAAGCCUCCUGCCGCAGGCCAGCGCCAGAGAGUAUCUUCCGCUCUCGUCGAGACCAUUCUCGACGCCUUCUCGUCCCUCCUGCCUUUAUACCCUACCACGUGUCGCCCUUUCAACAGCCAGAUCAGAGCCGCUAUUCGAACCUAUCUUGCGCCGACCUCCUCAGACGACACCUUGGUCCCGCUGUCUCUGCAGCGUGCUAGCCGUCGGCUUGCCAUCUCGCUCCACUUCACCCUAGCCGGCAAGACUGGGCCCAGCGACGCGUGGGCGAAGCUCAUGGCCGAUGUCAUGGACGACUUCGGCCUCGCUGCCUUCCAGGUCUUCCGUGCCGUCAAAGAGGGCGUCGACUCCUCCUCCAUCCCCCCCUCCCGGUCCCAGCUCGACUUCAACGGUCCACCCCAGGGCACUUCAUCGUCUCUCGAACUACCCGAGUGGAAAGGCGUCCGGGCCGGGAGCCAGAGGCUCAUCGGCCUGCUUCGUCUCAUGGCCGACAUGCUUCGCUAUCCCACCAAAAGUGCCGUGUCCAUCCCCGUCGGCACUCUGGUAGAUGUCGUCAACCGGCUGUGUCUCAUCAGCCGUAGCCGCAAGUCUCAGUCCUGGGAACAGGCUCUGGAGACACAUCCGGCCGUCGCCAGGGAGGAGAAGGAGGAGCUUUGGAGCGUCGUCCCCGCCAUUCACAUCGCGGCUUUGGACCUCCUUCUCGUCCUCGUCGCGAGACUGCGAUACAACGCGCUCCCCUUUGCGUCGGAGGCUGUAGAUAGCGCCGUUCUUGCCCUGAAAUCCGGCGUCGACAACUCUGCCGUACGGCUCGCGACGUACCGUCUCUUCUCCGUUCUGCUCCCCAUCUGCGGAGCCGGCAUAGCGAAGCCCACCGUGGACACCAUCAGCGUCGUCAUCCUCGCCUGCUGCAGGGACCUCCAACAGCAUGCGGGCCAUCUCGACGACGUGAAGGUUUCUGUGCCGGCGAAAAAAGGCGCGGAGGCCAAGAGGAACGGGGCCGCGGUCACGGCCAACGUAGACCUCUUCCUACCGCAACAGCAACAGCAGCAACAACAACAACAGCAGCAGCAACAAAACGACGCCGCCUCGAAAGCCUCCACCAUCGCACCCCUGUCGACAGAACAUCGCGCCGCGGCCGAGACCCUCCUCGCCGACCUCCUGACCCACCUCCCGCAACGGCACCUCAAGCCCGGCCUCCGCGGCCUCCUCGACCAGACCGCCAUCCUCGCGCAGUGCAAGGGCGCCAUGCUCGCCAGCGUGCUGAACCCGUACAUCAGCGACACCGGCAAGAGCCACCCCAGCAUCCUGCCGCAUCUUUCGCGCCAGUUCCCCCGCGACCAGGGCGUCGAGAUCCUGCGGUCCAACAUUCGGACGUCGGCGGCCCAGACCACGGGCGACGGCAUUCGCUUGGCCGCCGGAUUCGAAGAGCUGGAGGAGCAAGAAGAAGAAGAAGAAGAGGAGGAAGAGGAAGAGGAAGAGAAUGGCGACGAACGAGCGGCAUCCGAGAUCAAGGUCGUCGGCGGCGCGGGUCCAGAUGGGGACCAGGUCAUGAAGGGCGCUGGGGCCGCCAACGGGACGAACCGGGACGGGGCUACACCGGCGGAGACGAUCGUCGUCGUGGCGGCGGGGUCGGAGGACGUGGGCAGGGCCUCUGAAGCGGAAACCGGCGAGAGCCCGUUCCUGCGGCGGGAGGCGUCGUCGAUGUCGAUGUCGUCGAUCGAGGUGGCGGGGGAUGCGUCCACUGCACAGAAGCGGAAGCUCGAGGACGUUGAUGCGGAUCCGCCGCAGAAGCGUCAGGGUGUGGACACGAAACGGGCUGCCAUGCCGGUCAUUCCUGAUCGUUCUGCUGAUGCGGGGAAAGAUGGCGCAGCAGGUGAUGAGAGCGAUGAUGGGAGCGUUCACCUGAACAUGGAGCUGGAUGAUCUCGAUGAUGACGAGGACGAUGAUGACGAGGACGAUGAUGACGAGGACGAUGAUGACGAGGACGAUGAUGACGAGUAG